AUUAUCCUCUACCAUCACCUCUUGCCACCAUCUCUGGCUACCACCGCCGGCCACCACUUCCGACCACACCUCCGGCCACCUUCCGGCCAUCACCACCGGCCACACCUCCGGCCACACCUCCGGCCACCUUCCGGCUAUCUGAUAAGAUGCAGGGACUGAAUUGUAAAAGAGAUAGUCACACGUGUGAGGAGGGCUGAAUCUUUUGGGAUCAUGUGCAACAAAGUUCACACGUGAGAGAUGAGGCAAGUUGCUUAGGAGGCUAAGAAGAACCUAGAAGGUGAUUAAGCUAUAUAAAUAAAGAGGGGAAGCAUCAGAAGGGGGGAUGAUGAAUGUGUGAGGGGUUAGCCGACAUGAGGCUGCUUGGGAAGAGAGGAACCCGAGGGAUGUGAGCGAGGGUUGCCGAUCUUAUCUUUCACUUUGUUCUUCAUUUCUAUCUUGUAAUCUGAGAGUUAUUGAACCUUGUGAGUUUGUAUUUACAUGUUAAUGGAGAUUUAAUGGAGUUUCCCUAAGGUUAAGCUUUUAUUCAUUGAGUUUACUAGUUAGAAGCUUAACACUAUCACCGCCGGCCACCUUCCGGCCACCACCUCUGGCCAGCCUCCACCACCACUUCCACCAAAGUAUCAACACUUCAAUUGGUGAAGUCGUGAGGAAGAAGAACCUUAAGAACAAGAUAACCAGAAAUGAAAAUGUGUGGCUUAAGAUUUUUCCCGGUUAUUGAAAAAAGAAUCCGGUUAGGCUAAAUUAACCGGAGGAAGAGGUAAGAGAACCGCGAGUAUAGAAAAGCGAGUACGACGCCGACGACUCCGACUCUUCUGCCCUAAAGAUCAAAAGUUCCGCGGAGAUGAAAAUAGAAUCUGUACUCGCCUCCGGUAUGAUUUGAUCAAAAUAGCUUUUGGCUUUGAGGGGUGAAGCCGUGAAGGGGUUGAGCUAAUUGAGGAUUGGUUUUGAAAUGCUAUCGGGAGAGUGUAGUAAUGUGCAGUUUGAUGUUCAAAGGACUAACUUAGAGAUCAAUGAAGGGAGAGAAUUUGAAUCUAAAGAGGAAGCGUUUGAGUUCUACAAAGAAUAUGCUAACUCUGUUGGGUUUACUACCAUUAUAAAAGCUAGUCGUCGUUCAAGAAUGACCGGGAAGUUUAUCGAUGCCAAGUUUGUUUGUACGCGAUAUGGGAGCAAGAAGACUGAUGUAGAUAAUGGUUUAGGUAUUGAUGGGUUUAACAUUCCUCAAGCAAGAAAACGAGGUAGAAUCAACCGUUCAUCGUCCAAAACUGAUUGUAAAGCGUGUUUGCAUGUUAAGAGAAGGCAAGAUGGGAGGUGGGUUAUUCGUAGUUUGGUAACAGAACAUAACCAUGAAGUCUUCACUGGUCAAGCCAAGUCCUUGAGAGAGUUGGGUGGGCGUAAAAAGCUUGAGAAACAAAACGGUGCUAUUGUGAAAGAGGUGAAAGUCAGAAAGAUUUUAGCUUUAGAGGAUGGUGAUGUGGAAAGACUUUUAAACUUCUUUACAGAUAUGCAAGUUGAGAACCCUUUCUUCUUUUAUUCCAUUGAUCUCAGUGAGGAGCAGAGUCUAAGAAACAUUUUUUGGGUUGAUGCAAAAGGGAGAUUGGAUUACACUUGUUUCUGUGAUGUUGUAUCCAUCGACACUACAUUCAUCAAGAACGAGUAUAAGUUGCCUCUUAUGGCUUUUACUGGCGUGAACCACCAUGGACAGUUCCUGUUGCUUGGUUGUGGAUUAUUAUUAACAGACGAGUCUAAAUCUGGAUUUGUUUGGGCCUUCCGGGCAUGGUUAAAAGCGAUGCAUGGAUGCCAACCUAGAGUUAUACUUACCAAACACGACCAAACGCUCAAAGAAGCUGUUUCAGAGGUGUUUCCAUCUUCUAGACAUUGUUUUUAUAUGUGGGAUACUCUUGGUCAGAUGCCAGAAAAGAUUGGUCAUGUUAUGAGACAAGAGAAAAGCUUUAUGGAUGAGAUAAAUGAUGCUAUUUACGGUUCUUGGAAGAACGAUGAAUUUGAAAAAAAUUGGUGGGAGGUAGUUGAUAGGUUUCAUAUGAGAGACAACGCCUGGCUUCAGUCCUUGUAUGAAGAUAGGGAACAUUGGGUUCCUGUGUAUAUGAAAGAUGUAUCUCUAGCGGGAAUGUGUACAGCUCAAAGAUCGGAUAGCGUGAACUCUGUUUUUGAUAAAUACAUUCAAAGGAAAACUACAUUGAAAUCAUUUCUUGAUCAUUACAAGACGAUGAUACAAGAGAGGUACGAAGAGGAAGAGAAAGCGGAGAUUGAAACAUUGUAUAAACAACCCGGACUUAAGUCUCCUUCACCAUUUGGGAAGCAAAUGGCUGAGGUAUACACACGUGAGAUGUUCAAGAAGUUUCAGGUGGAGGUGUUGGGAGGAGUUGCAUGUCAUCCGAAGAAAGAAAGCGAAGAAGAUGAGGUUACCAAAAGGACUUUCAGGGUUCAAGAUUAUGAACAGAACCGUGCUUUCGUUGUGGGGUGGGACUCUGAAUCAUCUAAAGUUGUCUGUUCUUGUCGAUUGUUUGAGUUCAAAGGUUUUCUUUGUAGGCACGCGAUGAUUGUUCUGCAGAUGUCUGGAGAACUUAGUAUUCCUUCUCAGUAUGUGUUGAAGCGUUGGACAAAGGAUGCUAAAAGCAGAAUAAACAUGGAACUUGAUCAGAUAGAUGUAGAAUCAACCAAGGCUCAACGGUACAUGGAUCUUUGUCUCCGUUCUUUGAAAUUGAGUGAGGAAGCAUCUUUAUCUGAAGAGAGCUACAACGCCGUGAUUAAUGUGCUGAAUGAAGCUUUAAGAAAGUGUGAGAACAAGAGUAACUUGAUCCAAAAUGUGGAAGAGUCAGAAUCGGUUAUAGCUCAAGAUCUUCCAAUACAUGAAGAACAGAACAACACAUAUGAGAUGAACAAAAACGAUAAUGUAGCUGACACAGGACAGGAACAUUCAUUGCAAGAAGUCUGGAAAGUAACUGCUUUGCAAGAACAAAGAAACAGAUACUCAAUUCUCGAUGACUACCUCAGUGCUCAACAUAUGUCACAUGAAAUGGGACAAAUCAACCCGAUGGCCUCAAAUCACAAUGGAUAUUGUACUGUCCAUCCAAACAUACACUCGCUCGGGCAAUCCAUAACUCACCAAAGGCUUUAUGGAACUGAACAAUUAAGUUUCAGACCAGAAGCGAUUUAUGAAAGACUCCAAGACAUGGGACAAUCAGACGUUAGACAUCAUCCACAGCAACAUUGCAAUGCUUCAAAACAUCAACAAUCCAACAGGAAUUUCACUCACUGAUGAUCAGUCAGUCACUAGCUCUUCCGUUUUCAAGCCAUUUAAUUUUUUAAUUUUACUUUCGAUGAUAGAAAUGAAUAUAUGUAUGUAUAUACAGUAUAGACAAAUGUUGCAGACUUGCAGCUUAGUCUCCUGUAGAUUAGGUUUAUUAUAUUUAUCUCACCUCAUUUUGCUUCCCAAGUUACCAAAAUAAAAUUGAUGAUAUUUUUUUA